CCCUCGAGCAACUCGUCGGCGCUGCCGAGGAAGCCCUGGAUCGCGGUUUGGCGCCUGCUGCUGCUGCACGUACUGGAAAGGCCGCUCCUGCCUGGAGCACGGAGCAGUACGAAACGAUCGUCCGACUGCUCGUGGACUCCCCGGGGGGUUCUGUGUCCAGACGGGUCCUCCACAAGAAGCUGGGCAAGGACGGCCCAGCAGCUAUACGCUCCCUGGUGGAUUACAACAUACUUCAGCUCCAGUUCCAAGUUCGGACGUCCACGCCGGAGCGGUCCCCCAGACUCGGCGCGCCGCGGGGACGUCGGCUCCAGGUUUUUGUGGCCGCAGGAGGGGCAGCGGAUCUCAUUGCGAUGCGGGAGUGGGUCGCAGAGGAAGCAGCAGAUGAGGACGAAGCGGCCGGAGAGGAUUUUGGGGACGGGUCGGAUUCAGAGGCAGACCCUUGA